AUGCACUCCUCGCUUCUCGGACAGUCGAUCCAGAAGCGCGACCUGCUGCGGACGCUGGUCCGCGAUCGGCAGGACCCCUGGCCGUCCAUCAUCGACGUGCUCGAGUCCGAGGGUGAGACCGGAUACGCCUUCCGCGUUCCCUUUGCCCGCCAACUCGCCACCGACGGCUUGCUUGCCGAGCUCUGCCGCGGCGCGGCCAUCAUGUGCCAGGCUGCCGAGAUCGAGCCGGACGAGGCGCUGGCGCGGGUUGAUCCCUUUGGUCCGCUGUGGCACCAGCUUCCACCGCCGUCGCGCAACGCGUCGGCCGCUGUCUCGCUGUGGCACUCGGCCGAGAGUGGGCGGCCCAUUGUCCGUCGUGUGUACUCUUUGGCGUCUGAUCCGGGCAACACCCGCCGGGUGGUGACGUACGCUGAGGAGGAUGUGGCCGUGCCUGGCGAUGCCGUGCCGCGUAUUCUGGCACUGACGCUGGGCGUUGCGCGCGAGUGUGCCGCCUGCGGCGUCUUGCACCUACCGGCACUCGUCCAGUGCCCCGAGUGUCGCUCCGAGCUCCCGCUCGUCUUCACCAUUGUCUGUCCACACUGCGCGGUGCGCCAGCGUCUUGUCGCUCUCUGUUGCGCCAGCUGCCAGAUUGACAUCUCUGAGCCGCACUCGUGGAUUGCCGUCACCCGCGACCGUGUCGAGGCCCUUGCUCGCCGCCGCCGCCGCCACCUCGUCAAGCAGCACAAGCGCGCCCAAGCCGAGCAGCGGGUCCGUGAUCGCGCACGCGCCAAGGCCAAGGCUGCCAAGCGGGCGCGGGGAGCCGCUGGGCCGCCAUCGCCAGGCUUGGUGCCGUUGGUUAAUGGGGUCGCGCCCGAUCCCGACGUCCCUGGUCUCUCGUCAGCGUCGCCGUCGUCUGCUGCGGUCGGCGCUCCGCUGCCGGUCUCUGUCUCGCUCAGCACAGACUUGCCGCUGCGAGCGUUUGAUCCUCGGCGGCCGCUGCGAGUCUCAUCGCCGGCAGUUUCCGCCGCAUUGCUUGCCAACCGGCUUCCUGUCGAGCCCGCUGUGGGUCGUCAGAGCUUGGCGGCAAGCGUAGGCGCACCAUCGGCUCCACCAUCGCUGCAACUCCAUGACGACGGUGACAGCGAAUCGCCGACAUUCAUGCUCUCGGCGCCGCCGAUUUCCGUCGACCUCGACCUCGAACUGUCGCUUAUCGAGGAUGCUCACACGACCCACGGCGUCAAUGGCCAGCGCAGGACUGGUUCGCUGCGGGCAUCGUCGGGGCGGGCUUCUUCGCAGGUUGUGGCCGGCGCAAGCGAGGUGCUCGAGACGGGUGCGACGAAUGCGGCAACUCGGGCCACCCACAUGUUCAUGCAUCAGCCGCCGCACAUGCACAUUGUCAUCCAGCGCGGGCGGCUGCCUGUCCGUCUCCGCGGCGAGGACUACAUCUUCCUCAUGGGAUGUCUCUCCAACUCGCUCGGCUCACUCCUCAACAUCCCGACUUUCAGCCUGCUUCCCACCUGUCUCGAGAAGCUGGUGGGGCGGCUGUUUCUAAUUGAGCUCGUCGAGCACGUCCGAGACGACGUUGUCGAGUAUGUUGUGCCACGGAUGCCCAAGUCAGCGGUGCCCGAGCUCAAUCCCGAGUGCGAUCCCAUGGGCGUGCCGCCGGUCAAGUGGCGGUCGACCGGGGGGUGGCGGUCGAUAGCGAACGAUGCCUCGGUUCAGGUAUCGUUUCGCGCCCGGUCCGACAACAUUGUCUCGUACAUCCGCGUCCGCAAAUCUUCCCAUCCUCAGCGCGUCCUCAUCCACGUGUAUCGCGGCCGUCGCCACCCCAAAGCCAACGAAUCUCUCGCCCGGUUUGUCCCACGGCGCUUGGAGCCGUUUGCCCUGUAUCCGCCGCGUCUCUUGGCGCCACACCAGUAUCUCGAGGACGGGGAGUGAGUCCCACCCAGGACGCGCUCGGCUCCAUCCCGUUUUUCCCUCACGAUUUCUCGAGACUGGAAACGUGCAUGGCGCUUACGAGGCAGUAAGCACAUUGCUCUGUCCUUGGGGCAACCGUUGAUGUUCGUAAAGGUUUAGUGGUGUUCAUAGAGA